AUGGAUUUCGCCGCGCUCAUGUCGAAGGAGAUCUCCAAGGCCAAAGGGAGCGACGCCAAAGAUUCCGGCAAAGGAUCCCCUGCCGUGCCCACCAAGAAAUAUCUACGACGAGGCGAGGAAGAAGCCGCCCGCGUCGAAGCCUACAAUAAAGAGCAGGAGCGACAAGCCCUCGAACGCGAAGAGCGCAAUCAGAAAAAGCGCAAGCUCGACGAGGAAGAGGCCGAACGAAACCGCGAACGGGAAGAAAAGAAACGACGACUAGCCGAAGAAUCGAAAGCGAAACGAGAACAGGAAGAAGCGGCCAAGGAACGUGAGCGGCGGCGAAAGCUCGGCCUGCCUGAACUGGUCGAGGACAAACCCGAAGGCGACGAGGAAGAGGAUAUUGAGGAGGAAGAACUCAUUCAAAAAUUACGGGAUAUGGAGGCACCUAUACGUUUGUUCGGAGAGGAUUAUCGUGGACGACUCCGAAGAUAUCGCCGCCUCGUCCAACGGGCCGCCAUUCCCAAGAAGAAGAUCACAGACGGACCUAUUCCCACGACUUUGGAGCCCGUGUCCGGUGGACAGAUGAUCAUACCCUCGAAGAUUCCGAAGGACAAAGAAAACAGGCUGUUCCUUUUCCGGCAAUUGGGAUCAUACUUCAACAUGGUGUUGUCAGAGUGGGAGCUCGCAUUGGCGAAGCGCGAUGUGACAGUGCGCGAGAGUUUCCAGGGCAAGCAAGCUUACGGCGCAAUGACUCAGUCGCGUGAGAACAUGACGCCGCUCUUCCGCCUUUUCGAGAAGGAGGAUUUGGAGGAUGGAUUGCUGGAACCGAUUGUCGAGAUUGUGCACAAGGCACAGCAGCGGCGAUAUGUUGAUGCGAACGAUGCCUAUCUCCGCGUGAGUAUUGGAAAAGCAGCCUGGCCUAUUGGUGUAACCAUGGUGGGUAUCCACGAGCGUUCUGCCCGAGAAAAGCUGCACCAGAGCGAUCAACAAGCCCAUAUCUUGAGUGACGAGAUAACCCGCAAAUAUCUACAGAGCAUCAAGCGCUGUCUGAGCUUUGCACAGGUCCGGUGGCCCCCCCGAGGACCAGUUGCAGAUCAUGGGCUAGUGUUGCCAAUCAAAUAUACCCAUAGCGAGAGUUGA